AUGUUCCUCUCACUAGGUCUCACGGCGCUGGAAUUCUUGUGUCCCAACUUACACACCAUAUCCAAAUCAUAUCUCAAAAUCCCCGACAAUUUAGCCGGGUUGACGAUCUUGGCAUUUGGUAAUAGUGCCCCUGACAUAUUCGGAACGUAUGAAGCCAUCAAAGCCGGUCUGAUUCAACUAGCAUUGGCGGAAUUGAUUGGCGCCUCGUUAUUCAUCAGCACCUGCGUCAUUGGAUGCAUUGGUGUAGUACAACCUUUCCAAGUACCGCGAUGGUUAUUUACACGAGAUGUGGCAACGUAUUGUACUAUAUACACGUUGAUACUGGUGAGCGCAUUGAUUGGCCAAUUGACUAGAGUUGUAUCUGUUGUGUUGGUUGGCGUUUAUGUGUUCUAUGUGGCCGUGGCGAUUUAUUCGCAUAAGAUGCAGCAAUCCCGCGUCAAUGCCAUUCUACGAGAUCGGAGAUCGAGAGGCGAGUUUGGAGAUAGUGCCGAUGAUGAGGUGGCGAUUGAUGAAGUGUACCUCGAUGGGAUAUCACAGUUGCCUACUAUUGAUGACGUGAAUAUCGGAGGUGCAACUGCAACGGGGGACACCACCAAUGCAACGGGGACCUUUGGGUUACGAAAAUUGAUGGAGGAUUUAUCCGCCCAUUCCAACUUGGGUGGAUCUAUUCAGUUGGACACGGAAAGACAAUUGUUGUCAACGCCAGUCGAGGGGAUGGAACAAGAAGAAGGAGAUGGCGCCACAUAUGAAAGCCGGGUUACACCCUUUUCCCGGUUAGUUGAUUUGUUUUGCCCCCAGCUCUCAAAUUUCAAAGAGUGUCACCCUGGUGCAAAACUCAAACACUUGCUCUUACUUCCCGUAUCAUUAACUUUGAAAAUAUCAACUCCAGUCAGACACCACACUAGUAUGCUUACAAUAGAACAAGAUUUCAAACCAAACACAGCUCACAAUGCAUUCAACUAUACCAAAGAGAAAUUACGACUCACGAUCCAAACCGGUAUUGGAUGCUUUAUUCUACUUCUGGCUAAUACAAGUGUUUCGUGGGUUUGGAAAAUCACAAUUUACUCCAUCAUCAGUGUCGGUUUCGGUCAAGCUGUAUACAAAUUAUAUCCCAUCCCAUCAUCAGACCACUUCCCACAACGAAUGACCGCAAUCAACUACAUCACCUCCAUUCUAGGUCUCGUCAUAUCAUUAUCGUGGAUAUCACUCAUAGCAGCCGAGAUUAUCAACAUCUUGCAAGUGAUAUCCACUGCAUAUCGCCUAAGUGAUGAUGUAUUAGGCAUCACGCUUUUCGCGUUGGGCAACUCUGUCGGAGAUUUCGUCACCAAUUACACCAUUGCCAAGAUGGGGUAUCCGAUUAUGGCAUUUGCCGCUUGUUUCGGCAGCCCCUUGAUGGCAUUGUGCUCCUUUGGACUCAGCGGAUUGAUAGCGGAUGGAAAUCACGCUGUGCGAUUAACACCAACGCUUCUUAUUGGACUUGUUACUUUGUUUAGUAAUAUGGCAAUUCUUUGCGUGAUGAUUCCCAAGAAUGACUGGAGCUUAAAUAAGAAGGUCGGGAGAUUCUUGAUUGCUAAUUGGUCAAUCACUUGCCUACUCUGUCUACUAAUUGAAUUUACACGUCAAUAA